AUGAGUGAAGUUUAUAAACUUGGUGAUUUAGUUUGGGCUAAAAUGAAGGGUUUCAGCCCCUGGCCCGGCCGGGUAGCAAUCCCUACACCAGAACUGAAGCCUCCUAAGAAGACAACCAAUGUUCAGUGCAUUUAUUUCUUUGGAACUAACAAUUAUGCGUGGAUCGAACAGCACAACAUCAAGCCAUACCAAGAACACAAGGAGCAACUGAUUAAAUCUUGCAAGACUGCUGCCUUCAAGGAAGCUGUUAAUCAGAUUGAAGAGUAUAUUGUCCAUCCCGAGAAAUUCGGCGAUAUCGAUGACCACGCCAGAAAUCCCGAGGAGGAGUUCGAUAAGCUCAAAGACGUGAUGAACGAGGAGAGUUCCGAAGAGAAGCCGGCAGAAGCAACUCCUGAAGUCAAAAAGAAAACUAAUACACCGAAGAUACGUUUGGGCAUUUCAAAGGUGAAGUCGGUCAAACGUUCAUCCUCCGCUGGCAUGAAGGGAACCCCUCGGAAGAAGGUGAAGAGCAUCUCCCGUUCCUUCACCGACACCGAUAUGGCCAACGAGAAGCCGUCUAUGCUAAACCAUUCGUUCUCCAAGAAGUCCAGCCUUCUGCACCGCCCUUCUAAUAUACUGAGACCUGACACACCCCCACUAGAUCUGGAGAAUGUAUCAGAGACGCUGCUGGAGAAGAACAUCAAGGCCAGCCAGAUGAAGUUUGGUUUCCUCGGGCUAGGCAUCAUGGGUAGUGGUAUUGUGAAGAACUUGCUCAACUCUGGACACAAGGUGCUCGUGUGGAACCGCACUGGUGCUAAGUGCAAAGAUUUCGAGAAAGUUGGUGCAACGAUAGCCGUAACGCCAUGUGACGUGGUGGAGGAAGCUGAUAUCACCUUCUCUUGCGUCGCGGAUCCACAGGCUGCUAAGGAGAUGGUAUUCGGCAACUGCGGUGUACUACAUUGUCCAACGCUGGAAGGGAAAGGCUACGUGGAGAUGACCUCAAUAGACGCCGACACGUCUCAUGACAUCGUGGAAGCCAUCGGUGGAAAAGGCGGCCGAUACUUGGAAGCACAGAUCCAGGGCUCGAAGACGCAAGCAGAGGAGGGCACGCUUAUCAUCCUGGCGGCGGGCGAUCGCUCGUUGUUCGACGACUGCCAGUCCUGCUUCAAGGCCAUGAGCAAGAACUCCUUUUACCUUGGCGACAUCGGCAACGCGUCGAAGAUGAACGCCGUGCUGCAGGUGGUGGGCGGCGUGUCGCUGGCCGCGCUGGCCGAGGGCCUGGCGCUGGCCGACCGCGCCGGCCUCAGCCAGGCCGACCUGCUCGACGUGCUGGCGCUCACGCCGCUCGCCUCGCCGCACCUCAUCCUCAAGGGCAGAGCAAUGAUCGAAUCAUCAUACUCCACCCACCAGCCGCUCACACAUAUGCAGAAGGACCUGAAGCUGGCGCUAGGUCUUGGAGACGCCCUAGAACAAUCACUACCUCUAACCGCAACAACUAACGAAAUCUUCAAGCACGCGAAGCGACUCGGCUAUGCGAAUCACGACGUUGCUGCUGUAUACAUAAGGGCUAGAUUCUGA